AAAUCAAACAUGAGCUUUCUUCAGGAAUUUGUAGCUUCUCAGAAGCAGCCCUGCCGUGUUCCAGCCUUAGUUUUGCUUGCCCAGUCAAAGCAGAGCAUUGACUAUCGAGCUCUAUACCCUUUUCCUGUGUCUUGCGUGUUUCGAUCCUCUGACCUUCCAGAAGCAUUUUCAUUUAGUAUUUCAGCCCCAGGCCACCGUCAUUUUGUUAUUGCUUGCCAUUAGGAAAAGUAGAAUCACUGCUGAUACCAUUGGUAUCCAAAUUAUUCAUGGGUGAUCAGCAGCAACAGCAAGAAGAACAGAAUCAGCGUUCUAAUAACAAUUAUAAUAAUCAUAAUAACAACUCAAUGAUUUCCCCUUCUUCAUACUACAUGGAUUACCAGCUUGCCAGCCCGGUCUCUGCUUUCCUAAACGAAGACUUGGAUAUGAAUUCUACUUCCUCUUUCUCGGAGCUUUUGGGUGGAGGCUCUUAUGAAGGCUUCUCAGUAGAGAAGGAGGCUGAUAGUCAUAAUGAGAAUGGAGGGAGUUUUGCAGAGAGGAGGCUGAGGUUCAAAUCUACGCCUCCCUCAUCGCUUCCCAUAAUGCCCAGAUCUCCAUAUUUCUCAAUUCCGCCUGGUUUGAGCCCCACCACCUUGUUGGACUCCCCAGUUCUGCUCUCUAGCUCCCAAGCUUUACUGUCACCAACAACUGGCACUUUUCCUUUACUACCAUUUACAUUUGAAAACAGUAGUAGUACUGCUCAAAAUGUUUUGAAGGAUGAAGAACAAGACAGCUCAAGCUUUGCUUUCAAGCCCUUAACAGAUUCAAAUUCUAGUUCACAAAUGCAAUCUUUUGGAAACCUGGUCACCUUCUCUUAUGGUCAGCCUCAAGCUCUAAAAGGAUCUCAAGAUGAUGCUCAGAUGUGGUCCUUACCAGAUUUCAAGAAAACAAGGGGACCAGUGACAAAUGAAUUCUCUGAAAGACAAGUGCCAGGCAAUACUCGUUCGCAAGAUGCUUCUCUUGAUGCUGCUCCUCUGCAAUCAGUUUCUUUGGAGCAGCAACAAGAGAGGCAGACCUCGAACCAGUUGUCAGAAGUAAACCAAAACACCCUAGUUCCUCAGCAUGUGAUAGAGAGACGCUCUGAUGAUGGAUACAAUUGGCGCAAGUAUGGGCAAAAGCAUGUCAAAGGAAGUGAGUAUCCUCGGAGUUAUUACAAGUGCACACACCCAAGUUGUCCAACUAAGAAGAAGGUUGAACGUUCUCUUGAUGGACAAGUAACAGAGAUAGUCUAUAAGGGUGUCCAUAACCAUCCUAAACCUCAACCGAGUCGUCGGACGGGAGCUGCUCGUGUGGCUCAUGAAGAAGGAGAAACUACCGUAGGCUCUGCUGCUACUAUCAAAGUAGAAGGUGGGUCUUCUUGGGGAAGCAAUUUGAAAGUUAAUGAUGAUUCAAAUUACUCACAAGUCUGGAAGAGUGAAGGCCUUGAGAGAUCCUCAUCAGCUUCUGUUGUUACUGAACUCUCAGAUCCAUCCUCAACUCCACCAGGACAAACCUCUAGUCAUCUGGAGUCAGCAGAUACCCCGGAGCAUUCGUCAAUUUCAGCAAGUGAGGACGAUGAUGCAAGGACACAAGCUGACAAGUUGUUGGGAGAUGAUGCUGAAGAAGAUGAACAUGAUUCAAAGCGCAGGAGGAAAGAACAAAGUGCAUCUGACAUCAUAGGGGCCACCAGAACUAUUCGGGAGCCUCGGGUUGUUGUGCAAACAACCAGUGACAUUGAUAUACUUGAUGAUGGAUAUCGCUGGCGCAAAUAUGGGCAGAAAGUAGUGAAAGGCAACCCCAAUCCUAGGAGUUACUAUAAAUGCACAAAUGGAGGAUGCCCAGUAAGGAAGCAUGUUGAGAGAGCCUCGCAUGAUGCAAAGGCAGUGAUUACAACUUAUGAAGGAAAACACAAUCAUGAUGUCCCAGCUCCACGAAAUAGUAGUCAUAGCAAUGCUGGACUAGGGAAUGGGCCAUCUGUAGCUAUUUUGCAGAAUAAUGUUGCAUCCUCUACAAAUUCCAUGCCUUUGACUGGUUCUCAACCUCAAGGAACCGUGUCUCAUUUUGAUAGGCAUCCUGAUCUUAGUAAUGACUAUCCACAGAGCAAUUACAUGUUUGGAAGGCUUGCAAAUGAGAGUCUGAAUUCUCAAGACAGGGGUGUUUCCAACCAAGGUAUGGGGAUGGGAGGUUCUCUUGGGGCUUUUGGCCUGGACAGUAGACAUGUUGAGAGACAACAAACAUCAGGAGUCUCCACUUCAUUUUCGAUGCAGAUCAACCCUGCAAAUCAGGGAUAUUCGGCUACCAAUUUCAAUACUUCCAUGCAACCAUAUCUUAACCAGAAUAAUGAGAGAGAUAUUGGACUUGUCAGGCCUAAAGAAGAACAGAAGGACAACUUCUACUAUGACGGCCCUUUGCAUUGAAUUUAUUCUUCUAAUUGCUCUGUAGAUCAAGAUUUAAAAUACAACGAGGCUCCCCAAACUUCUUUAGUUGUGCAUUGUCUUCACAGUUAGCAAGUUUCUUUUAGAGCGCCAGUAUUUUCCCAAGCAUGGUCAUGCACUAGAGUUUUUGUAGGAUUACUGCAACGGUGCAUGUGGUAUAGUAUGAUAUUUGAUUUUCAAAAGCCUUUAUAACUUACUGGCUAAUGUUUACAUGUAACAUAUAAAUGUUAAUUUUACUGGUGGCUCAUUAGCCAUAUACUGCACUGGAUAGUAGCUUGUGAGGCUGCUUACAUUCUUUUCACCCCUUUUCAGGGGUCAGUAUGUAAAUUCUUCAUCAAGUGAAUUUUUAUUAUUUAUUUUUUCAA